UGCCCUUUGAAGUGAAUUUCGGCCGUUGACCUCAUUGGACGAAACCCGCGAGUCUGACGGGCUCUUUGGUAGCUUGAUUUUUUUCGGUUCUGAAUAUUUAGUUCAACACCGGUUUUGCAUUCGCGACUGUGUUGACGGUAGAGCAGUGGGUUGUAGAUAGGGGGUUGCGCGUGCCCUGUAGUUUAAACCUCAGUGAAAGCGGCUUGCGCGUGCCCUGUAGUUUAUACCUCAGUGAAAGCGGCUUGCUCAAGGAAUCCCACGUCUCCAGUAUCACCUUGCAGCCGGUGUGAAAUCGUGGACAGACCGAUUUUCACGUCAGGGCGGAUUGUUACACCGGUGCAGAGACCCAACGCUUUUUUAAAACCAUCUAAAGGUCAGCGAUUCAGUUGGUGACCACAUCCAUUAUCCCUGGGUUCAGUGUACAAGCAGCACUGAAUCCAGUAAGCGUAUCCAGUAGCAAGGUGUUUAAAGGCUAAUAUUGGCGAUGAAACCUGAUGGGGUGGCCACAGAACCAAUGGAAGCAGAGGGAAUGCAACCAGUAGCAGAGCCAACCGUCAAUGAGGGGGUUUCGCAAAACGGCACUACGUCAUCACCUCCCCAACCCAAUGAACCCCAAAAUGGGAAAGAGGCUCCCUCAACCGGGAAGGAAGCUGCGGGGAAGGCAGUAGAUCCAAAAAGUAAAUCUAAAGCCCCAGUCAAAAGUAAAACAACAGCGGCAGGUCCUGCACCAGGCACGAGACCCAAAACAACCCAAAGCCGCUUAGCUAACAGAGUAACAAAACCCACAGCAAGUACUGCAACCAACAAACCCACUGUAGCUACCAAUGCGACAGCAGAGAAGAAACCCAGUACUGCAGUUGGGGCUGCCAGUAAGAAACCUAAGGUGUCGGCUUUUGGAACUAGCAGGACUGCGACGACAACAGCGACCAGUGGUACAAAGACAGGAACAACUGUCAGCACAGCUAACAGUUUGAGUAAAAGACCCGCCACAGCCUCCACCAGUGCAGCAACCAAACCCAAAAGCACAGCUCCAAGGCCAACCACUGCCAAACCCAGCACUUCAGCCAUAGCAAAAACCACUUCAGCUACCAAAACUAACAGGACAAUUGGCAGUUCUGCUCCACGACCAGCUACCACUUCAGCUACAGGCAGAGUAACCACCAGUACGACAACUACAACAGCGAGUAAAACAAACCGAACUGCUACUCAACAACCUGUUAAACCAUUGGUCACAGCAUCAACCACCCGCAAAGAUGCUACCAAAACAGGCACUACCGGCCCAGCAAAGAAACCAGUUGCCGCACUAGCAUCCCGUCCUGCUGCCAGCAAGCCUUCAAACUCUCAAAAGCCAGCUGCAGCUGUGAAACGACCACUGCCUAGCAUCAAACCACCUCAACCGAAACCAGAUGACAAAAAAAGCGUGCCGACACGUAAGGUGCCACCUAGUCCACGAAACGCUCCUUCACGGCCAACAUCAGGCAAGACAGCUGCAGCCUCCCCUAGUCGGAGUACAAAAGUCACUGGAAAGCUUCCACUAAGCAAACCGACACAGUCUGUGUUGCCUCUCGUUGUCAAGGGAAAGUCUACUGAUAAAGAACCCGCAGCAGAGUCUGUGCAGCUUUCAGCAGCUGUAGUAUCUACAGUUUCUGUUGCAACAGCUGCAGCAAUAGCCACAGAAGAAUCUCUUCAGGGCCCUGAAGCUACUCCAACUCCAGAGAGCUCUCUAGACGUUACAGCCUCCUCUUCCUUAGAUGUUCAGGAAACUAUUGAUGUGCCGGUCAUUAACACCAAUGAAGACACAGAGCUGCUGCCUCAAGAUGGGCUAGUAGACGUUACAGCCUCUUCCUUAGAUGUUCAGGAAACUAUUGAUGUGCCGGUCCUUAACACCAAUGACGACACAGAGCCACUGCCUCAAGAUGGGCUAGUAGAAGCUGUUCCAGUUGAAGGGUCUGAUUCUCAUCCUACUACUUUUGAAGUUACUCAGGAAUUUGAAGAACAAGGUUCAGAAAAAGCUGGUGAAAAGCUCACUGAAAAAGCUGAUGAAAAGCUCACUGCUGCUGUGGCUCCGGCUGCACAGGAUGCAGUUAAGCAAGAAACUGUAACUGCUUCACCAUUUGAUAACCCUGCUGCUACAACAGUGCCCUCUGUUGGCUCACAAGUGGCUGAAAAAGCUGAGGGAGUUAACAGUGAGUGUUGUGAAGAUGUGGAAGAAGAAGAGAGGGAGGGUAGUCAGCAAGUGUCUUUGUCAGAAAUGAGUGGCACCCAGCCUACUGAAGAGUCUCGACCUGGUUCAGCUGGUCUUGCGGGGUCCAUUUGGCGAGCAGGGGCCUUGCUCUCGGAACUUGACUCUGAAGAUGUAAGCUGCAGCCAGCAAGGGGCAUCGGAGCUCAGUGCUCCAGGUGUCCUGGAGGGCACUGAAAGCAUGGAUGAUCUGGGUGAUGCUAGCCUUAAAGGAGCUGAAGGUGUGUCUGUUGGUUCUCCUGACUUUGAGAAGGUUCCUGAUAAUCUUACUAAUGAAGAGGAUGAAGAUGAUGAUGAAGAUGAUGACGACCGAGUGUGUGAUAUGGAUGUUGGGUCGGAAAGAGCAGAGGACUCAAACAAACAGCAUUUUGAUCAUGAUGAUGAUGAAGAUGAGGAUGUAGAAAUGGCAAGUGAAGGCAUCACUGAGAGUGGGCUUGAAAGUUAUGGGAAUGCAGAUGAGGAUGAUUUAACAGAGGACUACCGGUUGGACAACCUGAAUCGUAUUCGGCCUCCUCCCGUGGAUAUGUCCGGCUUUCCAGGAGCCCAGUGGAAUCAGUCCAGUUGUAUUGCUGAUCCUUGGGCCCAGCUACCACAACCCGCCUCUACUCUACUCUCUAGUCCUUCCUCUGAACAUUGUCAAGCAGAUCCAGAAACCCCAACCCAAGCACCUGCUCAGGCAACAUUGGAUGCUAGCAAUUCUGAAAGAGGCCCUUCUUACCCCCCAAACCUUCUUGAACCCCCGUCUUGCUCAACUCAAUCCCCGCCAGCUACUUCAGAGGUAGAUGUCAGCCCCAAACAUGUCCUGACACCCCCUCAAGCCUGCGAAUCCCAGUUUGGUAUCCUCACUGGCCCUGGGCUGGAAUCUGACAUUAUCAGAGACACUAGCGAACCAGAGAACAUAAAAGAUGACAACAGCUGGUUAGGUAAUGAGAUUUCUAAAGUAGAUCAGCAACCAGAACCACUUAACCCUGUCUUGCCUGACAUCAUGCAAGAUCUAGGUGUUCACUUUGAACGUCCUAAUGAGGAGGAAGAACCAGAGACUCUUCCAGCUGAUGAUGUGCUGGGUGGCCCAGCAUCUGCACCAUCAUCUCCUUCAUCAGCUACUGAGGAUGAGGCUAGUGACACAGAAGGUGAAAUGCAGAUCAGAGAUCCUCAAGCUGAGCUACCUGUAACUGAAACUGCACCUGUGACACACAAUUUGUCCACUUUAGAGGAGCGUGAAGAAAUCGGUGGAGAGAUUGAAGGCGGUGGUGGUAGUGACACCCCUCAGUCUGCCACAUCUGCUGCUUCCUAUGGGUUUGACUACAUGACUUCUAACUCCAAUGCCCAGUCAUCUGCUGAAAGUUGCAGCAAGAGCCCUGGCAUCUUCUCCCUAGAAAAUGAAGAGCAGCUUCCUGAUGAGGCCAAGGAUCCAUCUCUUCUUAAAGAGCUGACCCUUAUAUCUACUCCUGCAGAUGGUGAAAAGAUUGAAAGUCUUAAAGGCCAACAUGUGGAGUUCCAGUCCCACUCAGAACAGCACUACAUGCUUUGUGGAGAGUCCAGUGAGCAGGCCGAGCCUGAUUUACUACAGCCAGUUGCGCAUUUAGAGUGGGGCUUGAGUGAUUCUUCUUCCCCACAGCACGCGGAAGAACAAGAUCUUGACACUCAGCAUCCCUACUACUCAACUAUAUGCGAAAAUACUGAUAGUCCCUUGGCAGGAAGGAACUCCCACUUUCCGCUGCAACCGCCAGACUUGCUCCACAUCCAAAUGACGAUGUCAUCCAAACUCCGGCAACGGCCCCGCUCCGCCCAUGGCACCCAACCACCACGGCUUCCCACUGACCUCCCGCCCAGAAUAUCAAAUGUGGGGUCAAACGCACAGCUCCGAUGUCUAGAGCAGCACCAACAGCACCUUCACAAAAUUCAGCAACGGCAGGAGAAGCGGAAUCAAGAACAAGAGAGCGGAGAGGAUGCAAGAGAGAAACAAGUGAGCAUUGAGCGGGAGGAGGAGGAGUUAGAGAAACAGAGAAGGAAUUUACUCGAGUUGAAACUCAGACAACAAGAGCAAGAACUGAAACAACAAGAGCAAGAACUGAAACAGCGACAACAAAUUAUGCAGUGGCAACAAGAACUUGAACAACAGCAGCAGAAAAAGCACAAAGUGAAUACAGUCCUCCUGUCUCCUUCAUCAGGACUCUGUACCAUCUAUGAAACUGUAGAAACAAGUGACUCGGAAGAGGAGGGACAAGGAGAGGUCAAGAAAAAGGAGAAAGCAGAGGAUGAAAGAACAUGUCCUAAUGAGGAAAUGCAAAGACAUUCUGAAGACAAAGACUAUCUUUAUUCACAUAGCGGAACUCCUCCGCUCAAGUCUCCGCAGAAAGACCACAAGGAGACCGACGUUGCACCAGACCUGCCAAGUCCUCCACAGUCUCCUUAUGAAUCUCCCGAGCGACCCGUACCUCUAGAGUUUGACUGGGGCAAGAAGGCAGAUAUUGUCCAUCAUCUGAUCAACCAGACUUUAUUGCUUAAAGGUGACAGUUGCUCGCCCCUUCUUCUACUACCGGGAGGAGCAGGGGGAACGCUCAGUCCCUUGGAAAGCAGCCUGUGGCCCCGCCUGUUGCCUCCGCUUACACCCACUUCAGCCACCGUGACUUCUGUGAGCAGCUUUUCACCCGAAGCUCCAGGCAGUUCUGCUCAGGGCGAGUGGACCGUCGUAGAGCUGGAGACUCAUCACUGAGAAAGCUGGAUAAGCACCAGAUGAAGGAUACAUGCCAAAUAUGAACUCGUGGACUUGAGAUGCACCAGUCGGGACAUGAAUGUUGGGGUAUUACAGAAUAGAGCCUUUCCAAGACAAAGUGAUGGGAUUAACUGGUUCUCCAAUUCUGUUCCAACUUCCUAGUCGGGAUAUUACAGAAUAGAGCCUUUCCAAGAUACUAUGAUGGAAUUAAAUGGUUCUUCCAAUUCUGUUCUUAGGCUUUUAAAUUAGUGUUUGAAGCUCGCUCAAACAAUACUGUUCUUGCAACCACCUUCUUUGAUUUAUCCUCAUCCCGGCAGUUAGUGCAGUGAGCUUUCAUUUCCACACCCUCUACCAAUCUAAAAGCAGCAGGACACUGCAGUAUAAUGCAGUGAUACAGGCUCCCUGCCAAACCCAUCAUCUAUAUCUGACCUGCCCUGUGCCAAAAAUCCAUUCUUAAAGGUUUAAUGGGGAUCUCUUACUGGCUUGAACUGCAUACUUGCAUUUGAUCUCCUAAGCAUUGGGUUGGCAUCUUGCCUACAUUGUGGGUAGAGAGCUUAAUGACUGAAGGAAAACAGAUGAUCUCUUGUAUAGGUUUCUACAAUUUAUCUAAGCAUCAUGAUCAGUAACACGAUUUAAAAGUACAUGCUUCCUAUUUGGGUCAAAUGGGAAUUUUCCUGCACUGUGAAUGACACAAUGCCAGAAUGGUAAUUUAGUUUUUGUUGAAUAGGCUAUGCUGUUAUUAUACAACACUGGACAAUUUUUAAUCUGCUGUGUAAAACGUGAUUUACAUAAUUUAUAUAAUAAACUACUGAUUGAAGGUUUUUUUGAAGUACAUUUGGAUUGACACGUGAUAUGAACAGUACUUCUGAAUUUAAAUGUUCAGGGGUUCGGUAAACUUGCACAGAAAAGUAUUACCAAAAUGUCUAAAAUAUUGCGUUUAAGGAGAAAUAUUGAUCUCAUUUUAUUAUUGAAGAAUCAUGAUACUUUAGGUGAAACUAACCUAAAAAGCUGGUAUAUGGUUGUUUUAAUUUAGUGAGAUAUAUGAACUGCUGUAUAAAUAGCUGUGAGUUAAACAGCUACAAUAAUGUGCUACAGGGAUUUUAAGAUGUAUUAUGAGGUGCUGCAAGAAAACUGCAGAUUCAUCACACAAUUCUGUACUGUGAACCCUCUGAACGCUGUGCCUGUCUGAACUAUGAAUGUAAAAGGGACUGUUCUUUUAUUGCCGUUAGUUUUUUUUUUAGGAUCCAGAACAUUGGAGUAUGUUUAAAUGGAUGCUAUACAGUGGUGCAGUGGCCCUACACAUUUUAUAUGCAUUACAUGAAAAAUGAAAAUAUUGAUAUUUACAGUUUAGGGCGGACCAAGCAUGGCAUGUAGUUCCUUAAUCUGAAGUCCUCUUAUGGAUGUCUAUCCGCUGCAAUACGGCCGAUCUAACAACCAUAUCUCUUACAUUUCUAUAAUUUUUGUAUGUCAGGAAGGAACGGAUUCAGAACAGUUCAUGCAAUUUACAGAUUUGCUGUGCCUGAGACAUGUGCUUUCAGAGUGCUGAAUAGGUGAAGUAUUCUCAUACACUGUGACUUUUCAGGAUAAAUGAAAUUCUCUCUUUUUGUGUAAUGUUUCAGUGUUACUGAUCCAUGUCUAAUGUCUCUGCCGGGUGUAAAUGAUUUUAAAUUAUGGCUCUAUAGAAAACUAAAUCAAUAGGGAGAAAGUAUGUGCGCAAUAUUUGAACAUAUACAUGUAUUGUAACUGGACUAGUCUGACAUUGUGCGAGAAAAUCAGUGUCCGGUUUCUGUGUCUGUGUGAGUUUUAUGUGGCACCCAUGUCAUUGAUUGUACUGUGUUAUUUGUCAUUGUCUUUUGGAAUGCUCGAUUCAUUUAUGCGAGUAUGACUCGACCCUAUUAAUUUUAAGAACGUGUUUUAUCACAUGAAGGUACGACGUAUAUUUUAAAAGGAAGAUGUGUCGAGUAGAAGUCUGUUUACUGUAUUUUGAUGAGAGAUUAUUGUAACUGCCCAUUUUGUCUAGUGCUGUGAAGUAGUGAUUAGUUUAGUACUUCGACUGGUGUUUAAACAUGCUUUAUAUUGAGCUUUUUAGUAAAUAUAUCAAAGGAACCACUCACAUCAGGGAAAACAGGAGUUUCAGGCAGAUUCUGACUAUUUUACUGUAUUGACUGAACUACAGUUGCAAAACUUGACAUAUCCACGUGAAAGUACAAUAAUGCACAGGGAGCGCAACUGUAUCAACAAAAACCAGCAGUUAAAACAAUGCACUGAGAAAUUGAACUGGGCUGACUUUCAGAAACACACACAAAUGCUUAAAGGAAUACAAGAAUACUCUGCUCUUCCACCAGUUUGUUGUGUUGCUUUACAAAUGUGCAAAGACACACAGACCUGCUUCUAUGUUGUAUAUUUUUGGUUCUAUGUAUAUUUUGUAAUUUAUUUUGUAAUGAAGGAUUAUGUUAUUUACUGUUUUAUAGAGAUGCGGGCAUUGAGCCAGGACUGCAAGCAGUUUUUUUUCCAGGCUUUGUAAUGGAGUACUUGGACGGCCCAUGUAUUUUAACGUUUCAAUGAUGAACAAUAAAGUUGGUUUGAACAUUUACAAUGUUUUC